UAAAAAAUAUAAUAACGAAUUUAUUUAGUAAAAAGACAGAACCACUUCAGUUUAGUUGGGUUUAUCGAAGACCCUUCACUUUCGCGAUUCAACAGUCUGACUCAAGAAGAUCUUCUUUUUGAUGGUGUCUUUGUUCUGAAGCUCUUUUUGUUAAAGACAUAAACAAAAUGGAGGUAUCAUUGCUCAAUUCUUUCCAAAUGCAUUUGCUGUGAUUGUUAACUCGAGUUGCGAUGAGAAUCAUUACGAGAUUUCAUCAUUCCGACAUCAGGAGAUUGUUGUUGGGAAUCAUUGUUAUAGCUGGUUUUGUUGUUCUGCUUGUUCAGUGUUUUGGUAUUCCCUGUCGGAAUUCUUUUUGCUUGUCUCCAAUUAAGGUUUCAGUGAUUGAGUUAACUAACUCCAAUGUCACUCAAGUUUCUGUGAUGAACUACACAAAUCUUUCUGAUGAUGAUGAUGAGGAACUUGAAAAUAAAAAGGAGGAUCUUGAUAGCGAAAAUGAUGUGGUGAUUAGUAAGGAGAAGGUAGAGAUGAAUGUAUCUUUUAUUGCUAUAGGAAAUAUAUCUUUAAGGAAUCCUAAAAUGGUGGUUGUUAGCUCAGAGUCAGAGUCAGAUCCAAAUUCGGUUAUGAUUAGGGUUAAAGAUAGUAGAAAGGGUAAUGUUUUAUCUCUGAGGAGGCACAAGCAAGGGAGUGCGAUUUCGAUAUCUCAGAUGAACUCAUUGCUGAUCCAGAGUCUUUCUUCUUUUAAAUCUCCUAAGCCUCGGUGGUCAUCUGCUAGAGACUCUGAAAUGCUCUCUGCGAGAUCCGAGAUUGAGAAAGUCUCUCUUGUUCAUGAUUUUCUUGGACUUAAUCCUUUGGUUUAUCGAAAUAUCUCCAAGUUUCUAAGGAGUUAUGACUUGAUGGAGAGGAAACUCAAGAUUUAUGUGUACAAGGAAGGAGGGAAACCAAUAUUCCACACGCCGAUGCCUCGAGGAAUAUACGCUUCAGAAGGUUGGUUUAUGAAACUCAUGGAAAGCAACAAGAAGUUUGUAGUAAAAGACCCCAGGAAGGCUCAUUUGUUCUACAUACCCAUCAGCAUAAAAGCUCUUAGGUCCUCUCUGGGACUGGAUUUUCAGACACCGAAGAGUCUUGCAGACCAUUUGAAAGAAUAUGUCGAUCUGAUAGCAGGAAAGUAUAAGUUCUGGAACCGAACUGGUGGAGCUGAUCAUUUUCUUGUUGCUUGUCAUGAUUGGGGCAACAAACUGACAACAAAAACCAUGAAGAACAGUGUUAGAUCACUUUGUAACUCAAAUGUUGCCCAAGGCUUCAGAAUUGGGACCGAUACUGCUUUACCGGUAACAUAUAUACGCUCUUCCGAGGCCCCUCUUGAGUAUCUCGGUGGAAAAACUUCGUCCGAAAGGAAGAUUCUUGCAUUCUUUGCUGGCAGCAUGCACGGAUAUCUCCGUCCGAUACUAGUGAAGCUUUGGGAGAAUAAAGAACCUGACAUGAAGAUUUUUGGUCCAAUGCCUCGUGACCCUAAAAGCAAGAAACAAUACCGAGAAUAUAUGAAGAGCAGCAGGUACUGCAUAUGUGCGAGGGGUUAUGAAGUCCACACUCCUAGGGUUGUCGAGGCUAUCAUUAAUGAAUGUGUUCCGGUUAUCAUUGCUGACAACUACGUGCCUCCCUUUUUCGAGGUUUUGAACUGGGAGGAAUUUGCUGUGUUUGUUGAGGAGAAAGAUAUACCGAAUCUGAGAAACAUUCUGCUAUCCAUACCCGAAGAUAGAUAUAUUGGCAUGCAAGCAAGGGUUAAAGCGGUGCAGCAACAUUUCCUGUGGCACAAGAAACCGGUGAAGUUCGAUCAAUUCCAUAUGAUUUUGCAUUCUAUUUGGUACAGCCGAGUUCAUAGAAUUAAAACCAGGUGAAAACAUUCAUACCAUGUAACCCAAGACAACAUAUAGGUGAAUGCAUUGUAUAGUUAUCUGUUAUCACCACUCCCUUUAUAAACUGUAUUGAACUCCGUUAGUGGAUUCUGUUGAUCCUUUAUGUUAAAUGUGUUGAAUAUUCAACGAUGUGUUUAGCUCCCAUGUACUAGAGAUGGGAGCUAAACACGAAAACUCUUAACUGAUUCAAUGAGAAACGAGUUCUCAAACCAAUCAGAGUUUGUCACAUCUCC